AGGACGCGUAGUGCGGCAACAUUGGUGCGGGGGGCGUGGGUUCAGCUUUUUUCUUUCUUAACGAAGCGCUUGCUGGAGUCGGCUUCCUCCGUGCCUCGUCAUAGAAGCUUGUUCUUUAUUCUAUGGGUGUUCUGUGACCUCGUUUCAUAUGCACCCCGACGCAGCCCGCUCCGCAUUGGUGUCUGGGUGCGAUCGUGUGCGGCAAUCGCUGGAGCGCGCACGGCUACCGCGCUGCGUGGUCCGCGCGUAUCGCUGAAAUGUGAGGAGCGAGCUGACCGGGCGGGGCUGCGAGGCGCGCCCGAUAAAGGCGUCGCGCUGCCAUGCUCGACUCCUCGAUGCGCGUGCCCUCGAGGUGCCUCUUGGCGCUGCUCGUGGGCGCCGUCCUCGCCGGUCUCUACGUGCUGCUGCCCGGCAGCAGGAGCAGUGCGAGGCCCUCCUCGGCGGUGCGGCGGCGGCAGCCUGCGGCCGCCGAUCCACCCGUCAUCCUCAUGUGGACGCCGUUCUUCCGCAACCGGGUGUGGAGCACGGAGUUGAAGCCCUCUGCGUGCGGCGGCGAGCCGGCCUGCGUGCGCACUUCGAACCGGAGCGCCCUGAGCGCGAGCGCGCUGGUUGUGUUCCACCUGCGUGACGUGCGCGCCAACGACUUGCCAACGGAGCGGCCGCGCGGCCAGCGCUGGGCGCUCUUUACUCACGAAUCGCCUGCCUACGAAUCGAGGCUGCCGGACGCCCUGCGGAGCGCCAUCAACUGGACAGCAACGUACCGCUCCGACUCGGACAUUAACGUGCUUCCCUGGUUGCAGAAGGUGGCCCAACCGCCGCUGCCGCGCAACUGGUGGGCGAACAAGACCCGCCAGGCACUGUGGCUCGUCAGCAACUGCAAGACGUUCAGCAACCGCGAGGGUUUCGUCCGGGAGCUCGCCAAGUUCGUCCAAGUGGACGUGGUAGGCGACUGCGGCGCCAAGGGCGGCGCCUCGUGCCUGCCCAAAAUGGCCGAGCGCUGCUAUCGCCAGGCGUCCAAGACCUACUACUUCUACCUGUCCCUGGAGAACUCCAUCUGCACCGACUACGUCACCGAGAAGUUCUUCAACGCGCUGAACUGGGGCAUGGUGCCCGUGGUGCUGGGCGGCGCCAACUACAGCCGCAUAGCGCCUCCCGGUUCCUACAUCGACGCCCUGGCGUUCCGGAACGUGCGCCAGCUCGCUGACCACAUGAAGCGCGUUGCCGCGGACGUGCGCCUGUACAACAGCUACCACGCGUGGAGGCAAAAUUACUCGUACGCCUGGGAGGACUUUGGGUGCGGCUUCUGCCGAAUGCUGCACAACUCGUCUGCCCCGGUGAAGGCGUACAGCGAUUUCAAUGAAUGGUGGUUCAAACAAGCUCACUGUUAUACGUGGAAGAAAACGUUUAGGUACUAACGUUUGGUGCCGACUAGCGGACAUUUUUGUAAAUACUUUAUACAUGUCGUAGUCUCAUUAUACAUCAGAACAUGCGCACAUUGUUCUUAUGUGUGUAGCCAAAACGUGGAAGGAAUCUGGUGUAGCUUUAGGUGGCGACUUGCAGCUGCUCACAGUUGUGACCAACGGCAUGCAUGCGGCAAGCCGACACACUGGAAGGGUCAGAUGUGGGCCGUCAUACUAAAUUGAUUGUACAUGAAGCCCUUUAAUAAAGGGACACUGAAGAGGAAUGUGAUUCUGAAACAGCAAACCGGGCUAGCUCUUACCGUGAUAGGAGGUACUGUAUGCCAGAAAAGUAUGCCUCUGAGAUCGCACCGCCCGAUCUUGAAGGCCAUAUGGAAAAUUUGUGCAAGCACCUAUUGGCGGCGAGGACUUUCGACGUCGCCGUCUGUCGGAAGCGCCUCGCUUGCGUAGUAUGAGGGAUAACACGACGCCCUAAAGUUAGUUCUCUAUUCUAUGACGCCGUCCUCAUAGGUUUGGCUGUCGGAGCUCAAUAAAAGCACCACGCGGCAGCCCCUCUGGACAUUUGUGUACUUUCGAAACGACAGUUCUUUGCUGCCAAAAUAAUCUUGGGUAAACGGAAAGCACAGAAUGGUUUACAGACGCUCUCUCUUUACCAAGUACGUACAGUGAGUACUGGAUAGGAGCGGCUGUUGUGCCGCCUAAAGCCCCUUAAACUUCGUAAAGUAGUGCCACGCUUUGAAGAAUGCAGCCUCCUCAUCGCGCGCUCUGGCCGACGCCGCGUCGCUAUUGGCCUAAUAGCAUCACAUGGGUAUGGUGGCUAGAACAUGGGCCCUCGCGCCGUGCAUCAGCGCCAUUUUCGCUCGAGAAGCGUCUACGGAGACAAGACGUUCAUUUGAGGGAUCGCCAGUCGUUUGUGCGCAGGCGCGGGUAAGAGCGGGCGCGAGAGGGAAAAUCUGGGUGCUUUUGCUUUUUGAAUAUAUGACGCUGCCUAGCACUUAAGGAGGAGGUUUCGUAGCGCGUGUACAUACCGCUGGCAUAGUUUCAUACAAUAAACUCUAUGACUGCGGGAGCCGGUUUUCGGACAUGAACGUCGCUCUUGAGGGCUCCAUGGACGCUGUGCAUGCGUGAGCUGAGAGAAGGUGAGAAAGGAGAACAACUCUUUUUUUUCACAGGAUCUGACGUCACAUUGUUGCUUGGUUUUGCUUCUUUGAAUAGAUAUUCUCGAACGUAGAUUAAUCAUUGGCGUCGUGUCGGCUGCAAAAUGUCCUGCGCGCGCGUUGGUGCGUGUCGUAAGGGCCCAAAGGUGCGCUAUACUCGUGCGAGCGCAGUUUGACUUGUGCACUCGCGGGCUUGGACUCCGUGACAUUUGCUUUCGCCAUAUGUGAAUUAACGGCUUGCUGACAGCUAAACAGCCGCUGUACUUAGGUGAAUACCUUGUUUUUCGUGGUCCUGAAAUAAGAAAUGGCGCGUCGCUGCGUUGGCGCGACUUCAAUCGAGUGCGGUUGCUGCGCAUAACGGGCGAUUUAAUUGCGCAAUACGUGCUACAUUAUCGGUGUACAAAGAGCAAAACUUAUCCUGUGAGCUUUACUUCCGCCAAUCAGUCGGUUACCACAUGUUUCGCUGUUAUUCACUGCAUAUUUCUUGAUACCACUAACAAUCUGCUUCAAAAAUCGAGGAAGUGUCCAUCGUGCAGCUUAUUUUAUGUCUCAUUGGCUUUUUCAGUGCGCCUUUUUUUCUUCUUGCGACUCGCGAGGGGCAGCAGCAUUAUGGCCGUGAAAGUUUUCCUUUCGAGCAAACAUUUUCAAAUUUAAGUUUUCGCUCAAGUUCACGAGAUAGCAAAUUUCAGAGUUACAUUCGCCGCUAUAUUUUUCGAUUACAUGUGACCAAGAUUCAAGCUA